AUGCGAUUCUUCCAUCACUUUCUCACCAUCGCGUAUCCACACCUGCCAGUUGACAACGACCAUGUCUGGGUCAACGACAUUCCCCAAUUUGCUGAACAGCAUGAAUACCUGAUGCAUGCGUUGCUUUCGCUUGGGGCCUCCCACCUCAGUCGCCUCACGGGCGUUGACUAUCGACGAGAAUCUCUAAUUCAUCGCGGUCAGGCUAUUGCUGGCCUCAAUCACGCACUGAGCCAGACGGCGCGUUCUUACGGAGAAGCAGACGCUAUGCUCGCCUCUUGUUACGCCCUUACCUUUCAAGCUUCUUACAUGAGUGAUGGUCUUUCCGAUUUCAUCACCAUGGUCCGAGGAUGCGCCCUUACAACCGAGAAAAUCAAGCAAGAGCACUCGCCUACAGCAUUUAACCUGCAACCAGACUGGCACUUCAAAUACAUGGCGCCACGACUGCAGAACUUGCCAGCCGUUGACCCCCUCUUGCUACAAGAUGCCUACACAGCCCUUGAGGGAGUUCGACCCUUUUUGACUGGUGGCACUGAGAUAGAUUUUCACGAGGCGCUCGUCGAUGUAAUCACCUCGCUCCAAGCAUCGCCGGCAUCAGGUUACAUGCAGUUCAUCGGCGUGUACGGUGUAUGGUAUGAAUUAUGCCACGACUCUUUCAAGACCUUCCUGGACCCAAACAAUCUUGUCGCUCAACUUCUUCUUGCCUAUUUCGUGGGCGUCCAGUUGUUGAUGGUUCCUCUCGCCACACAAGAAUGGCCACAUCGCGCGGAUGUAAGUCGCGUACGCGUGCUGCAGGGCACCGUCGAGUGGGCUCAAGGGAUUUUCCAGAAACUUGGAGACUCUGAGUGGGAAGCGCACCUUGAUUGGCCAAGGAAUGUCAUUGCCACUGUUGUUGCAGAGAUCAAUGGUGAAGUGCUCCAAUUGCCGCCUGUCCUGCAGCUUCAUCUGGCCACGCGAGAUAUCACCCCACAGUCGACGAUUCUGACACCCACCUGA